AUGGCUGUCGCUUUUACUCGCAGUGAAACGCCAGGUACAGAAGAAGCGACGCUUUUUUACGGCAACGAGCGCGAUGCGGAUACGCUCUCUAUCAAGGAAGACGGAAUAAGACCUACGGAAGAAAGAAACCGGGCAUUAUUUGCAUGGGAAACUCGCUCGCUUGUGAGAAGACGCGUUUUGCAAGUCGUUAUUGGCGUGCUGGGGCUUGUUAUUAUUGCGUUCAUUAUUUUGGCCUUUAAAUUGAGCGCUUCGGACAACGAGUAUUCCUAUUUAGGCACAGCGAGGUUCAAACCUAAGGAGAAACAUAUCGAUUUUAAAAAUGCUGCUGGUCAAUUUGUACUCUCUGCCGACAUCGGCCUAACACUGAGCUCAGGUUUGGAAGAGCGACAUAGCAUGUCGAAAUCGAGAUCUAAGUAUGUCACCGCCGAUGGGGUCACUUUGAUUUUGACACAAGAAACAGAAUUCAUCCUGUCUGUGAAUUGGACUAGUUCAUCUAAGGAACCUACUGUGUUUAUGGACUGCUUUAAGUUGUCGAGCGCUCACUGGUAUGGGGGAAGCGAACUUCUGUUGCAAGAAUGGCCGCUGGAAAAAGUCCAAGUUAAUAUGGGACAAUAUGUACCGCAAAGCAUUCUCAGCUCCCUAAAUAAAUCGGCACAAACUUUCGGGCCUGUGUUAGAACGCUACUGGCUAAGCUCUCGUGGUGUUGCUAUUAUAGUUGAUGUGUCAGUGCCGUUGCACGUCAGCAUCAAUGCAAGCCGUGAUGGCAAGUUGUGUAUAAAAUCUGACAUAAAUGGCUACCUCCAGCCCGCAGUUUCCUAUCUAGGCUAUAGAAUUUUAUCCGGCUAUAACCCCAGAGACUUGCAUUUGACCGUUAUUGAUACAUUUCUGGGAAAACCAAGUCGUAUCCCUAACGAAGCACUAAUUAAGAAACCCUCGUGGGUAAUUGGAAAUUAUUCUGAGAACACUUCUCAAAACAGUAUUGCAAGUUUGUGUGAUAAUAUUUCGUCUUUCAACUGUGGUUAUGUUGUCAUUGACAGUCAGUAUGGUGAAAAUAAUGGAACGUAUAAAUCCUGCCAGAUUGCAAAGCGAAUUGGUUGCAAAGUGUCAAUGAAGAUUCACCCCUACCUCCAAAUUAGUUCAAAGGAAUUUUCUGAGGCAGCAAGGAAGAGUUAUCUGGUAAGAGAUUGUGGAGGGAAGGUCCCUGGACUGAUUAAGUGGAGUAAUUCAUUAUCCGCUUGCAUUGACCUCACUAGUGACGCAAGCAAAGUUUGGUUUAAAAAGAUGUUGGUCAGCCUCGGGUCUGAUUCGUUUGAGUUUCAUGGAGGGGAUGUUACCCACCUCCCUUCGUGUUAUCAGUUUUACAACAAAACCAUGGACCCUGGUCGCUUGUCAUAUGAAUAUGCUAAAUUUGCUGUCAGCAUGAAUGGUUCGAGCAUUCAUGUCGGACAUAAAACCCAAACGCUCCCAAUUUUUGUAAGAAUGACUAGUAAGGAACCGACGUGGGCCGGAUUAAAAACAUUAAUUCCGACCGUGUUGACCUAUGGCAUCAUGGGCUAUCCUUAUAUAUUGCCGUCAGUCGUUGGCGGUCACCGUGGUGACUUGAGCAAAGAGCUCUAUAUUCGUUGGAUGCAAGUUAAUACCUUUCUUCCUGGAAUACAGUUUGAAGUUGAUAAGGCACCAUGGAGCUUUGAUGAAGAGACUAAAACCAUUGUCAAAAUUCUGUUAGAGUUGCGAGCUCACUUGAGCCCAGUGAUCCUGGAUGCUUUUAGAAAUGUUACCAUAACCGGCGUGCCCAUUAUUCGGCCAUUAUGGUGGGUUGCACCUAUGGAUCCAAUUGCCUUGACGAUCGAUUCCCAGUUUAUGUUAGGCGAUACCUAUUUAGUUGCACCUGUCCUUGAACGUAGCAAAUCGGCAAUGAGUGUAUAUUUACCAGUCGGACACUGGCAGGAACAGUUUGGUAAACGAGCUAAGAUUAACAACAAGAAAGCUGGUAUAUCACAGACUUAUGAUGUGAAAUUGAAGAGUGUGUUGUAUUUUAAAUGCUUGGCCUAUAUAAUUGUAUAA